AGACACCAAAAUGGCAGCCUUGGUUUUGAAUUUUACUUCACAUAUGCUUAGAUCAUAACCUAACACGCACAAGAUAAGGCAGUAUAUUUAAUAUUAUAGCAUGCUCAUAAUUAUGCGAAGAGAAUCAAACGACAAAAAAUUGUGUACCUAAUACAAAGUUGAGUCACUGUUUUUUAUGAGAUGUGGAUGGAAUGGGCAACAAGAUGCCUAAAACAUAUUUCAUCAUUCAUUCGUACCGCUAAAAUAGAAUCCCCUAGAAGUGGAAAUCCUGGUAUGUUAAUUAGGAAAUGAGUGAUAUGAUUUAUUAACAUGAUAAUAUUUAAUUAAUUUAUUUUGUUAUCAUAAUGGUUUUCCGUUUUUAUCUUUUUGUGAACUAUUUUCCAGUUAGAGUUUGCAAGCAUAAGUCUCAGUCAACCCCUAAUUUUCUCAACUUGGUAAGAAACUGGGGUUUUUGAUAUGGUUAUGUUUCCAUGUUUUUCUCCAUGCCUAAGCUUAUUUUCAUCCUAACAACCAUAUUCACGUACACUCUCCAAUCAUAAUGCCAAUCUCAUCACCCACAAAACCCUUCCUCGUAAUCAUCACAAUCAUGAUCUUCUUCUUAUUGGGCCCACGUCCAGUCCCAGUCAUUGCUCGAGAUGCCCACGUCAUCAAUUUCCGGUCAUCGAAUCUCUACCCGGAAUCCCUCGCAUGGGAUCCCCUCAUGCAGCACUUCCUCCUCGGAUCCCUCCGACAACAAGUCAUAACUGCCGUCUCGGACUCAGGAAUUGUCGAAACCUACAUCUCCGACACCGACCUUCCCGCAGAUGCCUCCAUUCUCGGCCUCGCCGUCGAUACCCCGCGCAACCGCCUCCUCGCAGUCGUACACUCGUAUCCUCCCCUUCCUCCGUUCAACGCCCUCGCAGCCUACGACCUCCGGUCCCGCCGCCGCCUCUUCCUCAGUCCCCUCCCCUCCGAAAGCAUGGACGCCGCCAACGAUGUGGCUGUCGAUUACAAUGGCAACGCCUUUGUCACCAACUCCGGCGGAAACUUCAUCUGGAAGGUCACCGCCGACGGUUCCGCCUCAAUUUUCUCCAGAUCGCCGAAGUACUUGGCGGAGACAAACAGUCCGGCGGACGACGACGACGACUCACCUCACAAUUACAUAGGGCUGAACGGAAUAGCUUACGUGAGCAAGGGUUACCUCUUAGUGGUGCAAUCGAGCACCGGGAAGGUUUUCAAGGUGGACGCGGAAGACGGGACGGCGAGGAAGGUGUUGUUAAAGGAGGACCUGAUCGGCGCUGAAGACAUCGCGUUAAGGAGCGACGGGAUGGCGGCAGUGGUGGCGCCGAUGAAGGAGCUGUGGUUGUUGAAGAGCAUGGAUAGUUGGUCGGAGGGAGUGGUGUACGACAAGGCGGAGGUGAAUGUGCAGCGUUUUCCGACAUCGGUGGUGGUGGGAGAUAAAGACAGGGUGUAUGUGUUGUACGGACACGUGGAUGAAGGGAAGAAGGGGGAUUCGGGAAGAGAGAGUUUUGGGAUUGCCGAGUUGCGAUCGAAAAGAGAGAAUGAAGACGAGAGUGUUUGGAUUUUCGUUAUGAUUGGUUUGGGUUUCGUUUAUUUUGUGUUUUGGAAGUACCAGAUGGCUCGCCUUGUCAAGAAGAUGAACAAGCUCAAUUGACUUUUCUCAUGCUUUCUGUAUACCAAAAUUCUUAUUUUUAUUUUUUUCCCAUGUAAGGAGUGAAAAUGGUGAGAUCAAAUG